AUGGAAGGAAAAGAAUACUUAGGGUAUCGGCGAGAUAGUAAAGGACCAAAGUUUAAGGUAUUACACGAUACUGUUAGGCCAGCAAGAACAAUUGGCCCUCAAUGUACUUCUGAGUUUUGUAAAAAAUCUAAGCUUCGUGGCUGUGAUUCAAUACCAGAGGACGAACGAAUUACCUUAUUCUCCAAUUAUUGGAAUAAUAUGACGUGGGAACAGCGUAAACAAUAUGUCAUUUCAAAUGUUCGGGUAUGUCCAAAAAAACAGGUCAAAUCUAAGGAAUCAUCAUCUAGGCGUAGUGAGAGCAAAGAGUAUUUUUUAGAAACUUCAAAUGGUCGUGUACAAGUCUGCAAGAAUACUUUUUUGAAUGCAUUUGGUAUUAAAGAAUGGACCAUACGUUAUUGGUUAUCCACUUCUAAGCUUGGAAUGGCAAAAAAACCUGAACUUACUCAUCAGGUUUUAGAAGGACACUCCAAAAAAGACGAGAUUGGUUUUUUAAAGGAUUUCCUAAAUGGUUUGCCAAAAAUACCUUCUCACUACUGCAGAGCUACAUCUUCCAGACAAUAUCUGGAGCCCAUAAUCGAAAACAAGAAUCAUCUUUUCAAAAUUUAUUGUGACAAAUGUAAUUCAGAAAAUAAGAAACCAUUGAGCCGAUGGUCCUUUGACAAAAUAUUUAAAGAAAAUAAUUUAAGUUUAUAUCAGCCGAAAAAAGAUCAGUGCGAUACAUGCUGCGCUUUCAAAGCAGGUAAUAUUAGUGAAGACAUCUAUCGCAGUCACGUCAUUCGAAAAGAGGCAGCUAGAGAGGAGAAAAAGAAAGACAAGGACCGAACAUUAGCAAGAGAAGUACAUGUAUUUACACACGAUCUCCAGUCAGUCAAAUUGUGUCCAAUGUUGCAGGCAAGCACUUUAUAUUAUAAAACGAAGCUCUGUGUUCACAAUUUCACAUUGUAUAACCUGGCUACAAAAAUGUGCAUUGUUACUGGUUUGAUGAAUACAACGCAGGUUUAGUGUCUUCUGUUUUUGCAUCCUGCGUCAUUGAUUGCUUAAAAAAAACUCUUGCAGAAAAUCCUAUGCCGAUUAUUCUAUUUUCUGAUGGAUGUACAGCACAAAACAGAAACGUCGUUUUAGCUAAUGCUCUCUUAAAUUUAGCCAUGGAGUAUGAGGUAGUAAUAACCCAAAAAUUCCUUGAAAAAGGUCAUACUCAAAUGGAGUGCGACUCCAGCCAUAGUGCCAUUGAAUGCAAGCUCAGAAAUAAGGAAAUAUACUUACCUUCCCAGUAUGCUUCGAUUUCUAAGGAGGUUCGACCAAAACAACCCUUUAUCGUUCACUUUCUUUCUUAUGACUUUUUUCAUGACUACUCAAAUAAAAGUGAAUUUCUAUACGAGUCCAUCCAGCCAGGCAGGGCCAACGAUCCUACUGUGGUAGAUAUAAGGGCUUUGGAGUAUAAUCCUAAUGGUAUUAUUAAAUAUAAGUUAAAUUUCCAGGAUGACUAUAAAGAUUUGCCCAGAAGAUCCAAAAAUGUUAGAACUAGACCAGGUCCAAGGCCUAAACUUUAUAAUGGUUAUCAAAAAAUUAAUGAAUCUAAAUGGAAACAUCUUCAAGAACUGAAAUCAGUUAUACCUCCUGACUGUCAUAGUUUUUACGAUAGUUUACUUCAUUAAAAAAUAAAAUGACUAAUUUAUUUUACUUAAUUUUGUAUUUUUGUUUAUAUUUUUUGUAUGUAAAGUUAGACUGAUUCAGCAUAACAAAUACUAA